CACUAAGCAAACUGUUUCAAGGAUGAUCAAAGCCAUUCUCGUCUUCAAUAAUCACGGGAAACCGCGACUGUCCAAGUUUUUCACUCACUACUCUGAAGAUGAGCAGCAGCAGAUUGUAAGGGAGACGUUUCAUUUAGUCAGCAAAAGAGACGACAACGUGUGCAACUUUCUGGAAGGAGGAACGUUGAUUGGAGGAUCUGAUUUUCGUCUUAUCUACCGACAUUAUGCCACUCUAUAUUUUGUUUUCUGUGUUGAUUCGUCGGAAAGUGAGCUAGGAAUACUAGAUCUCAUACAGGUCUUCGUGGAGACAUUAGACAAAUGUUUUGAGAAUGUGUGUGAACUGGACCUUAUUUUUCACAUAGACAAGGUGCACUAUAUCUUGCAAGAGAUUGUAAUGGGAGGUAUGGUGCUAGAGACGAAUAUGAGUGAAGUUCUUACUCAUAUAGAGGCACAGAGCAAGCUUGAGAAAUCAGAAACAACAGCUUCAUCAAUUAUGAAGGCUGGUGUAGCUUCUGCUCCAUCUCGAGCUGUUGCUGCUAUGAACACACUAAAACAGUCUACUCCAUUCAAGCGGUAGAUUGGCAGAACUUGAACACUGCUGCUCUUAUUCUUGUACACUAGAGACUUCUAGAUUAUGAAGUACAUGUACUUUGGCAUUAUUUCGAUUGUUAAUUAAAGAUUGAAUUUGUCUAGUUCCACUA